AUGAGUCGUCUCAUUGAAAGAUACUUAUAUGUCUCUAGGUUCCUUUCAACAAGGAUCAUAAAAUCAUCCCCCCGGGUCUCCCCUAUCUUUAUAUCAGCUCAGAAGUUCGGAAUAUAUUCACAAUCUGGCGCUCCCUACCUGCGAUACUCUCCCUGGUCGAACUCCUUCUCCGGCUCUCAAGGCACUCGCGUAUUUCUGCAGGCUGUGCUUUACUCUGCCAUAUUUCUUGGGACAAGUCACUUAAUUUCACAAAGAUCUUCAGCAUCACCAGACACUGAGGAUCUGAAUUUAUCCUAUGCUUCACCAGAAGAGCUGGAGUGCGCCAUCGAACAACUGCGUCAAAUAUUUCCUCGGGCGCAAGCUGUAGUCACAGAUCCAGAUGUGCUAAAAACUUAUGGAUCUUCUGAAAAUUCGUAUCAUCCAGCGUUGCCCCAUUCUGUGAUAGUUCGGCCCCAAUCUACCGCAGAUGUUGUGCAAAUUGUCAACAUCGCUCGAAAUUUCCGCGUUCCUAUAACACCUUAUAGCGGCGCCACAAGUCUUGAAGGUCAUUUCUCUGGGUACCCCACUGGCAGUAUCUGCGUUGAUCUGUCGGCCAUGGAUAAAAUCUUGGCCAUUAAUGUCGACGAUUCGGAUCUUAUAUGCCAGGCUGGUACUCGAUGGGAGGAUAUCAAUCAAACUCUUAAAGAACGUGGUAUUCCAUUGUUUUUUCCGCUAGACCCCGGGCCUGGUGCAACAAUCGGUGGCAUGGUAGGAACUGGAUGUAGCGGCACAAAUGCUGUUCGUUAUGGAACUGCCAGGGCAGAAUGGUUUCUAAAUUUAACUGUUGUCCUUCCUAACGGCGAGAUUAUCAAAACAAAAAGGCGCGCCAGAAAAUCUGCUUCAGGGUUUGACACUACAAAGCUUUUUGUAGGUGCAGAAGGCACGCUGGGUAUUGUAACUGAAGCCACUUUACGUCUGGCCCCUGUUCUUCCGACCCGAGUUGCCAUGGCGCAAUUUCCAAAUGUUCAGAAAGCCGUUAGUGCCGUUCAAGAUAAGAUUGGGCUCAUCAGGAACCAGCACCCCCUUAGGGUGCUGGUUUCUGAUGAGCCCAAUCUUAUCUUGAAUUCACCCUACGGUCCUCAUAUACAAUGCGUCGAGCUCUUGGAUGAUAAUAUGAUGGCUACCAUCAACUCUGCAGGGUUAGUUGAUAAGCCCUAUCCUGUAAAAGACACGCUCUUUUUCAAGAUCCAAGGAGACGAUCAAUCAAUCAAGCAGGCCUCUAAAGUUGUCGAGAAAAUUGUCAACAACCAUGGUAGCAGUCAAUUCAUAUUCGCAAAGACAGAGCAGGAGGCCGAGGAACUCUGGGAAAGCCGCAAAUAUGCCUUAAUGUCAAGCAUUGGAGCCCAUCCAGGAAAACGUUGUUGGACGACUGACGUGUGUGUUCCCGUUUCACGCUUGCCAGAGCUGGUCUACGAAACCAAAAAAGAUCUCAAUAACUCUAAAUUGAUCAAUACCAUUGUCGGACAUGUGGGCGAUGGCAAUUUCCAUUCGUUCAUUCUCUUCGAUGAAAAUACAGAGUUCGAUGCGACCAGUGGAGCUGUACACCGUCUUGUCCAUCGCGCAAUUGCUCUGGAUGGAACUUGUACUGGUGAACAUGGUGUAGGUCUUGGAAAAAAGGAAUAUCUCGAAGAAGAGUUAGGGAUAAAUACAGUCAACUUAAUGAAAACAAUCAAGAAGGCAAUCGAUCCCUUGAAUAUCAUGAAUCCUGGUAAAUUAUACCCAAAUGAUGACCGUAGUAAGAAAUAA